CGCAACAGCCCGCUGCGACGCGUUCAGCGAGCGGCUGUGUUCGGGUGUUCCUCCCGAAGCCGGCUUUGGCAUAUGUGAAUUCGUGUGGCGCGGCCCAUCCGGCGGAGGCUGUGCUGCCGAAAAGAGCCCGCUGGAGCCCGCGCCAGCCCGGUCAGCCGCCGCCAGCCCGCGCGCUUGUAUAGACCAUUCCGCUCAGCCGAAAGAGAAGAAGAGAAGGAAGAAGCAAAGGUAUCGUUUAGGGCUGAUAGGGCAGAUUUGUGAGUGAUUCGUUGUCUUAAAAAUAUCACAUUUGCUCUAUAAAAUCAUUUUGAACAUGUAAGAGUUGCAAAAUGCUGUGUUAGAAGGUCCAUUGAGGCCCAAAAAAUAUAUUUGCUUCUUCCUUCUCUUCUUCUUUUUCGGCUUAGCGGAAUGGUCUAUUGCGGGCUGACGGGGGACUGCCCGCGCCCGCCGGCGCCGGCCCACCCCGCCUCGGCCAAGGGCCCGGGCUGAUGCCGCUGGUUGUGCCGAAAGAGUUCGAGCGGGCUGAGCGCAGCCGUGCGGGCUCUUUGCGGGCUCUUUCGUUCGGCAACAGGCUGGGCUGGGCUGGGCUCCUGCAAUUCGUGGUUGCGGGCUGUCGCGGGAUCCCUUGCCUACCGCGCCAACAGCGAAGAGCCCGCAUGAGCCAGCCCUUCUGGAGGCACUGGAAGAGUGCUUCUGUCGACACCAGCCAGCAAGAAGACUGUGACGUUAAUAAAGCAUACAAGACAGGCUGCCUGGAGUUAGUUGUGACAGCUGCAAGAGAUCAUGCUGGAACCAUUGGGACAGCAGGCAUAAUUGUAGCUUGUAUCAUGUUGCUGGGGAUGAUAUUUUCAUGCAUUCUCUUCAAAAUGAUAUGAUCAAGUUUCAGUACAAGAUUUCAUCAUUCAUCAAAUUUGCAGCUCAUACAUUUUUAAAAACGCCCAGUUUGUGCUUUUUUCAUUACUUCAACAGGGACUCAGCUUCCCUCUAGGGAAAAUGUCCCUUAAAACAGACUGAAAAACAAAUCAAGAUACACCGAAAGCCUUUAAGGAUAUUUCAUGAAGUGACGUAUGUAUGUAUAUGUUUGAUAUGAAUAAGUGUGUGAUUCUGAUCUGUACAA